AAUAUUGCUCCACUUUGUUUGUGUGCUUCUUGUAAUCAGUGUGUGUGUGUGUGAUGUCAGUGUUUUUUUGGUAAAUUUUUCGAUUAAUCGAUUCUUUUACUAUCGAUAUUCUUAAAUUUUCAUGUGUUUGAGUGUUUGUUGUUGGUUUGUUGUUUUUUAAAUUUUGAAUUUUAUUUUAUUUUUUUAAAAGAAUAUAAAACAAAAAUGAGCAAUGCUGGUGAUGAUUUUCGUCGUCGAUGGGAUCGAGAUGAAUAUGAACGUAAAGCACAAGAACGAAUUCAGAAGAAUAAACGAAAAAAUCCUGAAGAUAAUGAUGAUAAUAAUGAACAUAAAAAUGAUUUGAAUAAUGAAAAAGAUGUUGAUGAUGAUAAUGAUGAUAAUCGAUCGGAACAAACACCAGCUAAAAAACGGGAAAAUUUGAAAGCACGUGAUUUUAAAGUUGAUCUCGAAUCUAAAUUGGGUAAAACGGUUGUCAUAUCAAAAGCAACACCAUCAUCACAAGCUGGUGGUUAUCAUUGUCAUGUUUGUGAUUGUGUUGUAAAAGAUUCGAUCAAUUAUUUGGAUCAUAUUAAUGGUAAAAAACAUCAAAAAAAUCUUGGUAUGAAUAUGCGUAUAUCACGUAGUACAUUGGAAAAUGUUAAAGAACGUUUUGAAAUGAAAUUAAAAGAAAAAAUGGAAAAGAAAAAUGAAUAUGAUAUUGAAGAAAAAAUGAAAGAAUUACGUGAAGAAGAGGAAAAAUUAAAAGAAUAUCGUAAACAGAAACGAAAAGAAAAACGACAACAACAGCAGAAAAAAUUAAAUAAUAAUAAUAAUAAUGAUGGUGAUGAAGAUCAAAUGGCAGCAAUGAUGGGUUUUGCAUCGUUUGGUUCAACAUCGAAAAAGAAGUGAAUUUAUAUUUAAUCCUGCAAAAAAAAGAACAUCUCUCAUUUCUCAUCUU